CUGGAGACAAGCUCUUUCCUGCGUACAAUCAUUGCAAUGAAGAAGAUGUGCCAUGGAGAGCGCGCAGAGCAGCAAAGGCGGCUUGGGCCUUUUGGUGGAUCGUCUCUCAGCGUUGGCUGAGCGUUUGGCCACGGUGCCCUUGGGAGAGGAGCUGGCCCAACUGGCCGAGGAACUGAGGUGCGAAGCAGAGGCUCUGAGGGUGGGCGCCAGCUCAGAGCUUCUGCAAGCCUUAAGCCGUGCCCGUGAGGAGCGCGAGGAGCUGCGCUUAGCGUUGGCGCAGCAUUCUGCUUUCUGUGCUGAGAGGGAGUUGGAAUUGCGCCUUGAGCUUGAACAGUUACAAGACGCAAAGGCUCAGGAUGUCCAGGAGCCAGCUGCCAGCUCCAACCUCGAUGCACAGAUUCAGGAGGCCGUACAGCAACAGCUUCGUGUGGCGUUGGACGAGGAAGCGCGAGCUGCCCGGCGCGCGCGGCAAAAUCUGGUGGAGGAGAACCAGCUUUUGAGGACGCAGUUGCGCUCUGCGCGGCAACGGCAGCAUUGUUUGGAGGUGGAGAACGGGGCGCUGAAGACCAUGCUGAGUUGUUUCGAGGCCUUAGGACCACCACCCAGCAGCUCUCAAGGAGCUGCCAGUGAUGGCUUCCCAGAGUCUCCAGCUGGGGAGGCACCCGACCCAGACCUUGAGGAGUCCGAUAUGUCUGGAAACAACCAGCAGGAACCUUUGGUGCCUCGAUCAUCGAGCGUGACUAGGAAGAAGGUCUCCCGAAAGGUCGCCGGCCGGGCCAAGCCCAAGGUCGAACUGGCUCGGAAGAUCAGCUUUGCAGAAAGAGACUUCAAAGGGACAGAUGAAGCCAAUGGUGCCAUUGUGGAGAAAGAAGAGGGCAGCUGUUUCGCCAUAUUGGUGGACGUGGAUACCUGCAGAGUGCUUUCUUGAAAGGAGUCAGGUGUCGAACACCGUUUGAGCCGUUUGGGCCAUUCAGGCCGUAGCAGUUUGGG